CUUCAAGUCUAUGGACCAGUAAUGUUAAUGAGAGUUGUUAAUUACUUUAAAUAGAAUGGUGAAUUCUGAGGAAGAAGCAGCUGGUGUGCUGAGCCACUUUUAACUGAGGACUGAAAAUGCCAGCAGUUGAAAGUGAGGCAAAGGCAAAAACCAAAGUCCGCUUUGAGGAAAUCUUCAGACGUCAUGCUGGCCUAACAGACAGGAAGAAAUCAAAGAAGACGUUUCACUGUCAAGAGAAUAUUGUGCUUGACACCUUUAGAAGUAAUAUUGAUCUAGCUAAGGAAAGUGUGAAUGAUGAAGCAAUUAUAAACAACACAUAUAAUCCGGAAGAAGAGAGUCCCAGAUUUACAAAAAAUAAACUGAGAGAGAAAGCCUCAAUUGCAGAGAAAAUAAACAAUGAUGUUGUUAGUGGAGAGCAGAACAAGCAACCAAAGUCUAACAAGAAGAAAAAGAAAUCCUUGUUACAAGAACAAUUUAAUGAGGAGGAAAAUUUAUAUGAAGCUGAAUUGGAGAGUUUUGAGAAAAAGAUUAAUGAUUUUCCAAAGAAGAAAACAAAAAGUAAAUCACAAACAGGUGUACCUCAUCAAGAAGAUGACAGAAAGAUUAAAAAUUCCUUGACUGAAGCAAGAGAUGUAGCUGAAUUAGAAGAGGAAGAAGAGCUAAUUCAAGCCUAUCAGCUGCACGUGGCUGAGGAUGAGGCAAAUGCAAUUAAAAAGAAAAUAAGACUGAAACUUCAAGAACAGAUGUCUGAAUAUACCUCCAGUGUUCAAAGCCAUGAAGCUGUAUUGAACAAUGAAGUGGGUAAAAAGAAGAAAAAGAAGAAAGAACUGGCAGUUUUAAGUGAAGCCGAAACAAGUGCAAUGUCCCUUUCUGAGCUACAGCAUCAUCCUGCAGAAGAUGGCAAUGAAAAUCAGUCAUUGGAAAAACUGUUUACAUCAGAAGGACAGAAACUGGAGGAAAGUGUUGAAAAACAGAAACCUAAAACAAAGAAGGUUAAAAAGAAAACCAGAAAAGAAGAAAACACAGAAAUUGCUGCAGAAAAUGAUGAGGAAAUGAAGAAUUCAGAAGUUUCAACUCAGUCUAAAUUUGAUUUUGAUGAUGAUCUUGUGUUGGGAGUUUAUAUCCAUCGAUCUGAUCGACUUAAAACUGAUGUCCUGGUAUCUCAUCCCAUGGUUAAAAUCCAUGUUGUUGAUCAGAGAAAUGGCUUAUAUGUCAAGAAGGAUCAUAGCAAGAGGAAAGUUUCGUCGUAUUAUGAACAAGACCAAAUAGAGCACCUUCUUCCUAUUAUGACACAACCAUAUGACUUCAGGCAGUCUAAAUCCACAGUUCCAGAGUGGGAAGAGCAAGUCAUAUUUAAUGAGCGUUUUAGUUAUUUUAUUCAAAAUACUGAAGAAAGCCCUCGGGUAAUCCUGUUUUUUGAG